AUGUCCAAGGUUUCCUUUAAGAUCACCCUGACGUCCGAUCCGCGGCUGCCGUACAAAGUACUCAGUGUUCCUGAAAGCACACCGUUCACGGCAGUCUUAAAGUUUGCAGCAGAAGAGUUUAAAGUUCCUGCAGCCACAAGUGCCAUUAUUACCAAUGAUGGGAUAGGAAUAAAUCCUGCACAGACUGCGGGAAAUGUUUUCCUAAAGCACGGUGCAGAACUGCGAAUUAUUCCUAGAGAUCGUGUUGGAAGCUGUUAA